AUGUCGAUUGACAGUUUGUUUACCAAAAUUUACAACUUUCUGAAAUAUGCUGAACCGCGUCAUAUCAUUGCCGAGACGGUCAUAUAUAAGGCGUUUCAAGAAAAUUGCUGGAUUUCGCAAGAUGACUUGAGACCCGUUGUAGAGCAGGCAAUAUCUUUAGUUAUGAGCAAUUGUGCUAGUGACUCGCCCAAAUUAGCAAAAUUUGAAGAUGUAUUAACGCGGUUUAAUGGCGCUUACGACAACGUCCGUAGUUUACGCGAUCUCGGCGCUUUAGAUCUAAAUUUGGAAAAGCCCGUUCAAAAAUAA